AUGGCCUGGCUGUUUGGCCAGCGGUACCUGGACUGGCUCGUCGGCACCGUCUCGCAGACGGUCGUGAGCUGGUCGGCCCGCUGCCCGGCGUACCCCGCGUGCCCGCAGCCGCCGGCGUGCCCAGCCUGCCCAGCGGCGGCGCCGAUCCACUUCCACCCGCCGGCCGCCUGCCCGGCGGCUCCAGAGGCGCCGGCGCCCGCGCCCGCGCCCCAGCCGGUCGCCCAGGAGCCUGAGGGCCUCUCCUGGACGGGCGGGUGGCUGGCCUGCUUCCUGGUCGCCCUCAACCUGUUGGUCUUCAACUUCCACGGGGUAAGGCUGGUCGGCUCGGCCGUGGUGAGGCUGCGGCCGGCUCCGACGCCCGCCGCCCUGAAGGAUGGCGCAGGAGCAGGCGCCGCCGGGGGUGCGCCGUUGGGCCGGCGCGUGUGGGGCCGGGUGAUUCAGGAUCCGACUGAUGCCCCCUGGUCCCCCUUGAGGGUGCUGAUCUCGACGCCGGAUGGCGAUGUGUACGAGGAGCUGUACGACAUGUCUGAUGGGACUUUGGCUGCGGUCCGCUUCGAAGACGACCGGCGCACCCGGCCAGCUGGCCUGGAGGUUGGGAACCUCAACCGCUUCCGGCGCGCGCUGACGGCGGCCGAGGAGGUGGCCAUCAGGAACGAGGUGGACGCCUACGCCCGCGACGUGUUCCUCGACGCGGAGCGCGCGGCCGGGCGGCCCGGGGUGGUGCCUCCGGCGGGGGCUGCCGUCUACUUCACGUUCGCGGCCGCGGCUGGUGGCGCUGCCGCGCCUGGGCCCGCCCCCGCCGCCCCCGCCGCCGGGGGAGGGGCAGCUGUGGCCGCCGCCCUGGCUGUGGUGCCGGCUGGCCCCGCCGCGCCCGCGGCUGGACCGCCUGCUGGUGCUGCCCUAGUGGCGGCAGCCGCCGCACCGCUCGCCGCUGCUGGGGCUCCCGCAGGCCCCUUGGGGCCGAAUGCCGUGCCUGGAGCUGACGGACAGUGGGUCUACGUCGAGACCACGACGACGGCCCGGCGCGGGGACCCUGUCACGAUCGACGGGACGGAGCUCGUUCGGGGGGCGAUCGGCCUGAAGCAGGACGCUGGCGGGAGCUGGUCGGCCAUCCGGCUGAUCACGACCUCGCAGGCCGCCUACCGGGGCGCCGAAGCCUUCGCUGAUGCUCGCCUCCAGCCCGUGGCCCUGCUUGGAGACGGCUCGCGGCAGCGCGUGCAGUUCCACGAGAGUGUCGACAGGCUCCGCGAGGAGCCCUUCCCCGACUGGCCGCUGGACGGCCCAAGGACCACGCUGUGGUGCCUCCGCUUCUUGGACAGGAAGCGCGGGGGGGCCAUCGAGCACUUCCACCAGUUCGUGUCCUACUACCGGCUGUCCCGCGAUGACUUCGGGGUCACGCACUACGAGUCCAUCAUGCGGAUGGUCGACUACCUGAUGACGUGGGACCUCCUCGACUUGCCCAACGUGGUGGGCGUCGAGGUCAUGCUGCGGCAGGCGCAGCUGUACGAGUACAUGUACGCCAUGGAGUACGAGGCGCGCGACUCGGGCGCCUCAGCUGCUGCGACUCUCGAGGGGGCUUUGCGGAUAUGGCCUCCCGCGCUGCAGAUGUACAUGGGGCCCAGCCAGCUCGUCAGCGACGGCAUCGGGAUCUCUUUCCGCUCCCUGUGCCCGCCGAUGGUCGUCGACGCCAUCCGCGCCAUGAAUGAGAUGUACACUGGUUCGAGCUGUCCGCGGGCUACUGGCCUCGCUGGCCCUACGACCGCCCAGCAGGAGGCUCUGGCGGUGAUCCAGGAGGCCGUCGACGCCUUCGGAGUGCCCCCGCCCGACCUCACUCCCGCAGGAGCCCUCGAGGAGCUCCGCGUCGCGCAGUCAUACGACCAGGAGUCUGCCGUGAUUGCGCCGGUGACCUUCGACCGCGUCGAUCUGAUCUCCCUGCCGAGCGUGGGCUCCGAACCGAAGUCCUUGUCUGCGCUCAUCGGGGACGACAGCAUGAGUAUUGGUCAUCGCCUUCAAGAACUACUUUUGCCCCGUGAGCGGGGGCUUGCCCGGGUCGCGGAGCACGCUCCGAGGAGGGCGUAUUCGGAUCCCAACUUGAGGAACCCUCGCUUGUAUAAGAAAGUAUUGCACCGCCUUGUGUCAUCGCACCUCGUUGAGUUUCAUACCGAAGCGUUGAGCUCAGUGGGAAUGUUCUUCGUCUAUAAGAAAUCAGGGGCCCUGAGGCUCAUACUGGAUGGCCGGAUCCCGUCCCAGCCGGAGCGGGUCCUGGUGGAUCGCCUGCCUGCCCCUGUCGUCGACUCGGGCGUUGUUCAUACCGAAUACGUCGACAACUUCGUUGCGCUGUCGCUAUCGGAGGCCUCUGCUAUUGCUGCUGCCCGUCAGGUCGAUCAUCAUAUGCGUGCUGUGGGACUGCCUACUCACGGGGUGGAGAGCGGAGUGGGCGGGGAGACUCUUGGCUGGUCCUUCGACUCGAACUCGCCCGUGAUCUCGCUCAACCCCAGACUUAGGUGGAAGCUGUACCUUGGGAUUCAGGAGGUCCUCCGACGUGGGUUCUGUUCAGGAAAGGAGAUGGUGAGGAUCGUCUCGCACAUCACGUCCAGGGUGCUCAUUAGGAGGGAGCUCCUCUCGUGCCUGGGGGCCGUCUACAAGUUUGGGGAGGUAUACCACAAUCGCACCGCUAAGCUCUGGCCCGUCGUCCGUCGUGAACUACGCUGGGCUCGGGCCCUCCUCAUCUUCUGCAGCAGGGACCUCGGGUUGCCCUUCGACACCACCCUCACGUGCCUGGAUGCGUCGUCUUGGGGUUUUGGAGUUACCCAGCGGGAGGUCUCUGAGGACUCGGUCAAGCGUCUGGCCCGGUACAACGAGCGUUGGAGGUUCUCUCGAGAAGCUGAGCGCCAACGCCUUGGGCCCCGAGCCGCUGCUGUCCCUGGUCAAGGCUCCUCAGGGGCCGUCCCGGACGGGCCCGAAGUCUCCGACGUGGACCCUAGCUUCGAGGAGGUCCCGCCCGACAUCUGGAGGGACCACUGGCACCCGGUCCUCUCGGUGCCCUGGCGGCGCCCAGCCCCUCAGGUCAUCCUGGAGACCAGGUCCGGCGUGAUGGCGCUUAAGCACAAGCUUCGCUCCAAGAGGUCCUUUCGGAAGGCCCACGUUAUGCUGAACGAUGCCAUGGCCCCCAUCUUGGCUCUGGCAAAGGGGCGGUCUUCGGCGCCCGCCCUCCUCGCCGUCUGCCGGCAGGUGGCAUGUCUGCUGCUGGCCUCAGGCUCGGCGGCGUACUGGAGGUGGCUGCCGUCCGAGUUCAACUCUGCCGACCCAGCAUCACGGAACCGGCCUGGUGCUAGGCCCGAGGCGUGGUAUGCUCCAGCGAGCGCAGCUGCGCUGGCCUGGGGGGACCAGACGGACCGCCGAGUCGCCAGGAGGCGCGCCUUCCCCGCCGCCACCACGGCGGCGACCUCGGGCUCGCUGACCUUCCUGGAGACGCAGGCCGUGGGGGAGGCGACCCGCCGGGACUAUGCCGACAGAGUCUCGAAGUUCACGAGGUGGGCGACCUCGGUCCGGCUGCCGAUCGGGGAGGUGCCCGAGCUGGACGUCGCCCUGGUGACCUUCUUCAACCAGCUGUUCUUCGACGGCUACCCGAGCGAGGAGGCGACGAAGUACAUGGCGGCACUGGCUCAUUGCCGCGCGGCGCCCGGCCGGCUGCAGGUGGCCUUCCCGAGGGCCGCUCGUGCUGCGAAGGGCUGGGCCCGGCUGCUGCUCAGCCUGACGCGCGAGCAGGUGAUCCCGCCUGCCGAGGGCGCCCCUCCGGGGCGAACCUUCCUGAACUUCUGGUCGGUGGUCCUGCAUCCGAUGGAGUGCGCUCAGCCUUCGAAGACGGGAGUCUACGACGAGGGCCUCCUUCUGGACAGCCCGGAGUUCACCUGGCUGCCACCGCUGCUGCAGGCGCUGCGGGCCCGAGCCGCGCCCGGCGGCCGCGUCUUCGACAUGAGCUACAACCAGUGGGCCCUGGUCUUCAGGCGUGCUGCGACAGCGCUGCACCUCGGCGUCCUGGGGCCGCCGACGCUCUACACCCUCCGACACGGGGGGGCCUCCCACGAAUACCUCGCAAAGUUCAGAAGCCUCGACGAGAUCAAAAAGAGGGGGAGGUGGGUGUCGGACUCGUCCCUACGGCGCUACACCAAAGGGGGCCGCGUGGCAGAGCAGAUGCGACGGCUUCCGAUCUCCGAGCAGCGCCGCGCCACGCGCCUGGUCGGCAUCAUUGGCGGGCGCCUCUCCAAGGUCUGGCUCGGUCUGUAG